GAGAGAUUUCUUCUAGUCUCGCGAGAUCAAGCACAGCCCCGUCUCUUCUCCUCGACCAGCAUGGCGGCGCUGUAUGAGGCAUACACGUUAUGUGGGCUAGUUCCACCCGAAAGUCUGUCAAAUUCCGGCAUUCAGGGGAUUGAAGCGGAGAGGGACAGCGACCAUGUAAUUGUCACAGACUCCAGCAGAUGUGUGACUCUUUACAAGGUUUCAGACCAGAAGCCAUUGGGGAGCUGGACUGUGAAAGAAGGCAACUGUCUGACCUGUCCAGCAGUAUACAACACACAUACGAAAGAAUAUGUGACUGUCACAGACAAUAAGGUGAUCAGAAUCUGGAAGGAAGAAGAUGUUGUCCUGGAUAAGACAUUCAAAGCAACUGUGUCAUCUGACAUUUUGAGGAUUCACUGUGUUGCCAGAGGAGAUCCAGUGGUUUUAUUCCAGAGAGGAGCUGUAAGACUUCUUGAUUCUCUCCUCUCUGCUCCUCAGCAACCCAUUGAGGAAGUUUUGGCUCCAGAAGAGACCAUCAGGUGGAGCACCAACAUAGCGGCAGAAACACAGCAGUUUGUCAUCUUCACCACAGAACAGAACGGGGACAGUUUCCUCUACUUGCAGAAAUUGAAUCCUAAUAUACUACACAAGUAUCAACUGGAGCGAGAAGACUCUGACCUCUCACCCCUCAGCAUCUCUGCAUCAUACAGAGACAGACUCAUCCACCUGCUUUACCUUUACCCUAAUGGUCACGUGUACCAGAGUGUAAUCUCUGUGAUCGGCCUGGGGGCCGAUCAGGGUGCCCAAACACUUCCACUUCGACGUAAGCUGCUGCUAGCUCUUUCUGUUAAGGGCAGGCUGGGUGCAGCUUCCGCCCUCCCCUUGGAUGAUGCCCACAUUGCUGUCAUUGGCGUUCCACACCCCUCAGCCGGAGCUGGUAAAGAUUUUCUCUGCAUCUGGAAUAUCCAUUUCCAGACACUUCAGGCAGGAAAAGAAAUUUCGGGUAAAAUAUUUGGACAGCUGUGGGGUUAUUCCAGCAAGUUAUUCAUUCCACAUGGAAAAACCCUGUCUGUUAUUCCAUACGAAUGCACCAAAUCUUCACUCGCAUCUGCCUUGGGAAAAUUGAAGCAGGGACGAACUGAAGAAUCCAGAUCUCUUGUUUCUGUACCAUCUUGGAACAACAUCUUCCAGGAAGAGAGCACUCAGCCCUCAAAGAGAGUAGAGACCAGAGCAGUUAGAAUGCGUAGAACCCAGUCAACCUCGGAUUUAACAGUUGAGCAAGUUCUAGCACACAUCAAGACGAAACGAAUGGAUGAAGUCGAGAAAGAAGUGGAAGGACUCUUAACCAGGACAGAUACUCAGGACAUGCAUCAGUGGGUGGGGCAGCUGGCAUCGUCGCUGGUGUCCCGCAGCAUGGCUGAUCCAGCCUUCUACACACCAACCACGCUGGCACAACUAGUGCACACUCGGUGUGUCUGCUACAGUGUGUGCCCUGACCUGAUGCAGCUGGCCCUGGAAAAGAAGGAUUACCUCCUAUGUCAGCUCUGCUUGCAGUUGUUCCCUGACAUCCCAGAAGCUGUCACCUGCACCUGCCUGAAGGCAUUCAUCAGUUUGCCAGACGCAGACGCGGAAAACCUGAAACUGGAGCCGGAUAGCAUCUCCUUCAUGGAAACAUUGACCUCCAGGGCGCACAGUCAGUUUGGCUUGCAGAAUGGUUUUAGCUCCACAUCUUCUGCAGCGGACCACCCAGAUGUCACAAAGUCCAAAACAGACAAGGAGGAGACAUCAACGCCACUGGAACAUACCUGUCCAGUAGGUUUGCACAAGGCUGUUUUACUAAAUGAAGUCCUGCAGACGGCAUUUAGUGAUGACCUCCUCCUCCCACAUUUGAGAAACCUCUCAUCCCAACACGUCGUUCUUUUCCUCCAGUACCUGCAGUUCCUCUACUUAAAUUAUAAUGAAGAUUCAGUUCUGCAGAGGCAUGGCUACAGAUCACCAAAUCUGCCCCAGAUUAUGGAUUGGAUUUCUUUGAUGUUGGAUGCUCAUUUCACAGUUCUAGUCAUGAGUACGGAAGCCAAAGGUCUGGUCCUGAACCUCCACAACUAUAUUAAGUCUCAGGUGAGACUGUUUUCUGAGCUUGGGAAGCUUCACAGCAGUCUGCAAGAGCUUAAAAAUGUAAAGACAAAAAAAGAUGUUGGACAAUAUUCCAUUGAAGUUAUAGAGCUUUUUUAAGGUUUCAAAGGAAUGCUAGAUCGUAGCAUAUGAUAUCAUGUAUCAUAGCACAGCAACUUAUGCCCGGAAUUGGUUAAUGUCAUUUGUCCAGAUUGUUACCAUAAAAAUUAUUAACUGUAUGCAUUGUCAAUGUAUUUGAUUAAAAAUGUAAAUGUAUUUUAAUGUGUUUUGAUAUAACUUUGUUCAGUUCAUUUAGUUUGCAUGGCAAUUGAGUUGCUGAUAUUUUUAAUUCCUGCAAGUGUAGUGUUUUUUUAAUAUUCCUUGCAUGUCUUCUUAUAUUUUGAAAUAAUCUAAUGUGAAACCAGGUUGCCAUUGGGGUAUUUUUUUUA